AUGUUUAAGUCCUUACCCAUUUCUUCACAAGAGGACACACCGCACCACUCUCAGGAUUGUAUUUUGAGGGAAAAGGGCCAAGACGCCAAUUUACAUACCUUUUCACGAAGUCAGUCUGCUGGGAUAUCAAGGAAAGGCUGCCAAAGCGCUUGGAAAGGCGAAAGGGCAGGAGGGUUAUGUAGUACAACCACCGAACUGUUUUUACCAGAUUACUUUGAUGGCAAGUCCCUUUCUGGAGGGGAGUCUUCCGAUAUGGAAAAGUGCGAAAACACCACGCGCUUCGAUAGGUAUGAGGUCGGAUGGAUGGAUUUGCCUUUAUAUGUGGAGCUCGAAAAAGGGGAUGUGUCGGUGAUGCUGCUACCUGGGAUGGCGCACCAUCAUUCCGAGAUGAUCCGACUACGGAAGAAAAUCCACGAGACCGUUCGCCAGAUCCAACCCCUGCGUGCGCGGGCUCGUUGUUUUGAUCAGCUGCUUCGAUUCCCUUUUCAGAUCGGCCUGCAAGGGCCUUCGUCCUUUUCCCCCCGGCCCUCCCCCGGCUCGAUAAAGGAGACGACACCUCGAAAUCACCUAGACCUUGGCGGCCGAAUGAGGGUGGCGCAUCCCAAACAAAAAAGCGAACUCCGACGGGAGGACUGGCCGGGGGAAAUUAGGGGCCUAUGGCGGACCUCCUCGCAGCCUCCGUGGCUUCGACGACAAACAACGAGUCCGUCUUCAUUGAUGAAAUUAGAAAAUGUUAGGGGUGCGUCAGGUUUAUUUACCGCAUUUCAAGGGCCCGCCCAACUCACGUUAUUGCCCGAGGACAAAAAAGGGUCAUCGGAGGAUGGAAAGCCUUUGUCUGGUGAGAAAACCACUCAGAUGUUAGCGGCCUUUGUAAAAGGCGAUUUGUUGGCUCAUCAUGGGGUUUUCACCAAUAAUGGAGGUCCACAUACCCAUCCUUCUCGUGAUGAUGGAGUUAAUUCGUUUCUCAGCGGUCUAUUAGAUAUUAGGGAACUCGACACGUUUGACGGCCAUUUGGUUAAGCAGAAGACUAGCAAAAUGAUCGAAAAGUCAUGUAAAACUAAUAAUGGAGAAGGCUGUUGCAAUCCCCACUUAGGGUACUCAAGGAUUCCGCGAAAAAGUACGGAGGAUGUGGUAUCGGAAAACAUUCGACAUCCAGUGUGUGCACAGGAACCAUUUUCAGAUGCUGAGAAUGAACAUUCUGAAAAGGACGCGGGAACUAGCGUCAUGCUUUUCACUCCGGGGCCCCUUGAGACAUCACCGUCUACAAGUAUACACAGCUUCAGUUCUCUCAAAGAAGCGGCAAACUCCGAGACCUUGGAUACGGCCGUUUUGGGGAACUCCUUCGACCACAAUCCCGUUAGUUCGCACGAGAGUUACUCCGUCGCUCCAUAUUUGCUACUGACACCUUUAAAUGAGGCCGAAAUCAACAAACUCAGCUUUUUUUCUAAACUUCUGUCCGAUCUUUACCGAGCUCGUGGCGAACUUCUUCGGCGAAUUGAUCGCAUCAUCAUCAACCAUGCACAGGUGCAUGAGCUCUGGGAGAGCAGCGAGGCACAUGCGGCAUGCUAUAGUUGUGGGAGGUCUUUUUCAGUCUGCACGCGCAGGCAUCAUUGCCGUCGGUGUGGGCAUUUAUGUUGCGCUAAAUGCAGUCAAUUUCUUGGUAAACGACAGGACACCUCGGCGACAUUAGCGCACGCCGUGAUUAAGACGGAAUACGCGGCGCGCAUGACCGCCGAUGAUACCGGGGAUAAUCCCGAAGAAUGCUUCGACACCCACACUUACGUUGUGAGUGAGUCGUCAACUUCACGAGGCCUGACCACUUUUUUGGCAGGUCGGCAGCCUUGUGAUUUACCAUCAAACACGACAAAUUAUGCACACUAUAGGGCCCAAAGUGAGAAUCAGGAGGAUAAGUAUCACACAAAAGGGUCGGGAAAUCGGACUCAUGGAGAAAAUGGGUCCGUCUAUGACGGUAACGUCGAAAGGCAGCGGACUUGGACUCUCUUUUCAAGCUUCAGCCACGACAACACCGUUGAUGAUGCGAUUUAUGAAAUCAAUAGGGAAGAAACUAUCGACGUCAGGGGGAAUAAUGCGUGUGGAUCCUACGGGAACCCUCCACCUAAUACGUCCUCGGCGAUACACGCAUGGUUACGAAUUUGCAAAAGUUGCUAUAGGCAAUGUUCUCGUGCACGAGAACGGAAUGUACUGAAACGUAUGCGCAAUGCAAACCGAAUUAUUCUUGAUGAUGGACUUUUUUACUUUCAUGUUCUUUCCCAACGUGAGCAGCGAUCAAUAUGGACAUAUAUACAAAAACCGGACUCUUUCAAAAAAAAAGUGGAGCUACAAUUUGCAGUGAUACCUGAAAGGGUUGCCGAAUCAGUCAAGCAAGCGCGUUACCACAUGUGCUGUGGGAUCAUUUCGGCUACUGCACGAGUCCCACAAUUUCUGAAGACUGUUGGGGACCUGGGAGUCUGUGUGGUACGAACAGCACGGUACACAGCAAAGGAGUAUUGUGAAAACACAAAUUUUUGGAAACCAUUGGUUGCCACAACUAUACCUCGCCACAUACAGCAUGAGGUAAAGAAAGGGAAGUGA